UGAAAAGACCAACAUGUGCUGAAUCUGAUGAAGAUUUGCUGAAACAACAAGAAGAGUUCUUUAAGAAAAAAGCUAAGUCCUGUGUAAAUUUGAAAAAACCACCAGAAUUUAGUUCAAAAUCUUUUGAGUUAGAGGGUGUUUCUGACAAAAAGACUAAUUUAGAUGUUCAUCAUGAGAAAGUGAUAUCUGAUGUAAAGGAUUUGAAAAGAUCAUCCAUGAAUGAGCAUGAAGAUUUACUCAAACAACAAAAAGAUUUCCUUAAAAAUAAAAUGGAGCCCUCUGUAUGUCUUAAAAAAAGAGCUAAAAGUGAAGUUAAACAGUCUGAAAAUGUUUCAAUAUCGUCUGAAAACAAGAGUGACAUUCCAGAAAAACCUGUUUUAGUUGUUCAUCAAGAAGAAUUCAUUUUUGAUGUUCAGGAGCGUCCUUUAUCAAAUGAGCCAUUUGUCUUUCAAUUGCCAUCUGUGUCUCCUGAAGAUAUUUUUAACACAUUAGAAAAAAAGUCAAGCCUGAGCAAAUUUGCAGCUAAAAGAAAAGAGCAACAUAAUUAUUCUAAAGAAAUUGCAUCAAAAGAACAAAAUCUGUCAAAACCAACUAGUUCAUUUAAUAGUACAACAGAUAAUACAGUUGAUGUUAAAGCCAUCAAAAUGGAAGUUGAUAAAGAGAACCAGGGAAUAAUAUCAGCUAUGUCACCCGAAGAAAUAAAGAGAAAAGUGGAACAAAUUAAAACUCAAUAUGAUCCAAAACUACUGAAAUUUCUUCAAAAUAAGGGGAAACACAAGAGUAAUAUUUCUGAAGGGCACAGUGGCACUUUAAACUCAACACCUGAUUUGAAAAAGUUUUUUGUACAACAGUCUACUUCCGGUCAUGAUGUGAACUGUGAUAAAGUCCUAAGAAAAGAAGGAAAUGCUGAAUGUGAUGGUCUAAUUUUGGAACAAACUUUGAGACAUACUGCUAUACCUGAAAGCUCUGGCAUAAUUGAAAACUUUAAAAAUAAAAAUAUUGAAAUACCUGAAGCGACUCAAAAAAUAUUAGCUGAAAGUAACAAAGGCAAGUGGAAAAAUAUGAAUAAAAUUGAAAAAGAAAAACUGGAAUGGAUUUCUGAUUUACCUAAACCAAAUCCUUUGGAUGUAAAGACUGGUUAUACAGCUCGAUUUGAUUUUAUGGGCAAAUUGUUGGCUUAUGAUACAGAUAUACCUGUACACAAAGGACUGCAUCAUCAUGGAAAAGAACCUGAGAUUGCUGGGUAUUCAUUGGAAGAACUAUUUUUAUUAGCUAGAAGUUCUUUGCAGUCACAAAGAAUAACAGCCUUUCAUACUUUAGCUCACAUUCUAGAUAAUUAUUGGUAUGGAAUGUUUGAUAGCUGUUUUGACAACCCACUUCUUCCCACCCUCUUGGAUGCUGGAAUUGUUCCAUUGCUACGAUGGGCUUUAGAUGAUGUCACUGUGACAUCUGUUGCUGCUACUAUUACAGCAAUUCACAGCCUUUUGAUUAGUAAACCUGAUGAAGCUUGUCUUAUGAAAACAUUUUGUUGGUUAAAUGGAAGUCUUUUGCCUCACUUGGAACCUACUGAUUUAGAAGAAACAAAUAUUGUUAUGGAAGAGUUAACUGAUGCAGACUUGAUUAAGUUGGAUGUUAUUAAAGGAUUUCUUCGAAUGGAUAUUCUUCCUAGAUUUUAUUAUAUUCUUCAAGAGUUACCACCACCACCAUUAGUUUGUAAACUAGUAAUGGAAAUUUGUGGUCACCUUGCUCAACAUUCAAAGGAAUCCUCUGAUCAGGUUGCCUUAUAUCAACCUUUGAUGAAGUUGAUCUUUCAAAAAUUUUUACCUCUUUCCUGGCACUUUAUAGAUGGAAGCAAGCUCACUGAUUCAGCUAAUUAUUGUUGCCCUAUGUCGUCAGCUAUGAAACUUAUGAGAAUUCUAUCUUCAGCUAGCAAAGUUAAUGCUUCAUAUUUAAUAGAAAAAUAUGAGCUAGAGAAAAUCUUGACUUUAUAUCUUUCUCUUUCUCCUAAUGAUGGAAAAAUGGCUUCUUUGGAGGUGCAAAAUGUUAUGAUUGAGACUCUAAAAACUUUACACACAUUACUUCGCUAUGGAUAUGGGUUUCAAGUCUAUUUUGAUUUAUACUCAAUUUUUCUGAGACAAAUGAAGUUUUGUCUAAGUCUAAAUUUAAAUUCGAAUGAAAAAGAGCAUUGUCAAGACUUUGAAUAUGCCUCUCACCUUUUCAAAAUGUUUGAAGCCAUUACAAUCAUUAUUACAGAACAAUCUGAUUGUUUUCACCGAAAAAAGGAAGUGGGAAUUAUAUUUAACCAAGCUUUAGUAUGCUUAGAGAAAUGGCUCUAUCAAGUGAAGCAAGAAAAGCCUACAGAUAGGGCAUUGACACUUCUUGCCUCUGCAAUGAAUUUUGUUUCAAUGUACUAUAAAAAAUCUCAUAAAGGACUAAUUUGUGAUGAUUGGAUGCCUUGCUCAGCUGUUAAAGAUAUGUUCAAUAACUUUCUUCUACCUUGUUUGCACUCUAAAGUAUUUAAGAACCUUCUUGAUCAAAUCGAAUCGUGUUCUCUUCUGUUGAGCACUUAUGAAAGUGGUAACAAACGUGAUGGUAAGACUCUUGUGUCUUUAGGAAGUGUUUUAUGGGAAGGAGAUGUUGUUCCACUUUUGAAGGAAGGCUCGCCUAUUCCUUUAUUACUGUCCAUUUUUAAUUUCAUACUUAUUCACAGAAAUCUGUCUGAUGAUAAUGACAAUCGUCUAUAUGAAGAGGUAUAUAACACCAUAUUAAUGGAAUACCUUCAAAAGCUUAACCUGUCAAAAUUGAACAUAUGUACCUGGUUUGUAAGACAUGAGUCACAUCUUAUUACCUUGCUUCUCCAGCUAAUCACCUCUGUACCCCAUAAAUGUUUGGAGUUACAUAAAACAGCGAUUUCUCUUUUGCCUACUUUAAGAAUUUCAGAUGAAUGCUUAAUUGAAGACUUGUUUGAAAACAUCAUUUUUAAUGAAAAGUUCUUACCAUCUUCGAAUGUUGCUGGUGUUCAAAAUAUAGUCUCCAUUCUUCCAGUGAUUGCUAGGUGUUAUAUAUCAUACUUUUUAGAUGAAAAAUGUGUUGUUCAUUCUAGAAAUCUCUACUUUGGGAGCAUAGAACUGGACACAUUAUCUUGCAUAAGUAAUCCUAAGUGCAUUUUACCACAUGAUUGGUUUUAUGCUCCUAUUUUUGAUUUAUACCAUGAUACCUCAAAAAGAAAAUCUAAUGAAUCUUUAGCUCCUGAAGAUGUUUUGCUAAUUACUGGUUGUCUGCAAUGGAUUUUACUUAGUCGUAAAAUGUCAUUAAGCUUCUUGAAAUCCAUCCCUGCAUCAGAAGAAUUUUGCUAUUUUUCCAUGGUUUUUCUUUUAGAUGAAGAUUAUUUUCAAAAUCCAAAAAUAAAGCCCCUCCAUGAGGCAAAUUUCAUUGAAUUAUUAAAGGAUAGAGGCAUCAUUGAAUUGUCACAAUUAAAUUGCAGUAAUAUCAGCAGCUUUGAUGACUUUUAUCUGGAUUUAUUAAAUCAGUUUGAAGCAGUAUCAUAUGGGGAUCAUCUUUUUGGAAACUGUAUUCUGUUUCCAAUACAACAAUGUUAUCCUAAUAAGUGGCGAAAAAUACUUUUGACUGAUCAUUCCCAUGCUAUACCUUUUCUCCGAGUACCUCUUUCAAAACUUUUAGUACCAGUAAAAAGCUAUUUGGAACCCUGUGAAUUGAAUGCAGAAAUUUUAAGAGAAUAUUUGAAACUCAUAUUAAAUGGAACUCUUACUCAUCAAAGAUGUCCACUACUGUACUUAAUGGCUAUUCAUCAUAUUCAUAAUUUUAUUUUCAUGGAAAAUGAAAAAUUUCAAAAACCUCAAAAGCUAAUUAUUAAAAAUAUUGCUCUUACACGAAAUGAAAUUGUGAAACGUCAUAUAUUGUUGUAUCAUGAUGUUGAUAUUACUUCUGAAUUUGGCUUUUGUUUGAAAGAAGAACUUACACACAAUGAAACACAGCAUUUAUAUAAAAUUCUCGGCCAAACCAUAAAACUGUAAAACUGUAAUUAAUGUAUUUUUGUAAAUAAAUAUGUUUGUUUUUUAA